AUGAGUACAUAUGUAAGUAAUUGAGAGCCGCGGCUGAAUAAUCGCGUGAGACUGGUUAAAUGAUUCGACCAUGAAUAUUGAGACGACAAAUAAUCGAUAGGGUGAGACGUCAGGGACUACAGAGUGCAUCAUGGACAGCUAAUGGUCGUUAAAAAUUCCGUGCCAUAGUGUCUUUUUGAUGUCUAACUUGGAACAUCAGUCGAGACAAGAUCAGAUUUCACCUUUUCUUGGUUCAUACCGCUUCCAUGAUGUUGCUGGAUUUGCAGUCGGUUGAAGCAUAUUGUAAUCCACACUUUCGAUACUCCUUGCAUGGCACCUUUUCAUACCUCACCAGAUACUGCGGCCUCACUGUAAAGUCUGCCAAGCAUAUUACCAUAUAAUCCGGUCAAAAAUUGCCUUUCUCCAUUUCGCGUAAAUUAAUCUCGCUCUUGUUCAGCAUCAAAGGGACAGUGCUUGACUGUUGUCCGUGAGAAGAUUUUAUUGUUAAACACCUACUCAUGUUGCGCACAAAUAACAACUACCUCGACGCUUGACAUCUUGUCCAUAUGUGAAACAUUUUUGAAAGUUCCUUUCUCCCUCCAUCUCCGAUUUCUCCCCUGACUUGAAGGUUCCCAAGGCUGCAAGCUGCAGACUAAUCACCUUACUGUCAUUCUCCAAUUACUAAUCUCACUAUCGAUCCAGUCUAGAAUUUCUUGCUCUUUAUCAGCCCAAAGCCAGUAACAUAUUUCACACCUUCGCUAUUGAUUCUUUUUGCCUCAUGCGACCGGUACUAUUUCACAUAACUCCCACCGCAUGUCCAGCUGACUCACAAUGUGUGCGUUUGAUUUUUAAGUCGUGUCCAAUAUAUAUCUACGCAAAAUUUCGAAAUACAUACCCACACGAGCAAAUAUUUUAAGAGGUUAUGUGGACCUAAUACAAUACCACAGUAAGAUCAACGGAUAAGUCGUUUAUAGUGACCAGUUGGUGAAAAUCAGGGUUGUAUGACCGGGAACGGUAGAAGUGACGAAAAUACAGCCCAAAAGUGAGUGAAAAUCAAAACCCCUUAUCAGCGCAGUCUGUUUGUUUAAACCCAGCAAUCGCCCACAGAACUGUGCGGCGCUUUAUGGAAAGGACCUAUGAGAACGCUGAACUAAUCGUGUACGUAAUAAACCGCUGUCAUUUGUGGUAACCUUAUGCAUACAUCAACUAAGGCAUCACGAACAAUUUUAAAAGAGCCGUAAAGUCGUACGCGAUAUUAGCUACUUAUUUUCAGAAGGUAGAGGAGAUAUAUUAGAUUUCGUCUUCCGGAGCCACUGGCCCAUAAUACAAAAACUGCUGCUCUUAAACAUUAUUCGAAAGUUGCACAGGCAAAAGCCAUUUGUGAAUACGAAUGUUCUUUAUUUUUGUACGCGAGGAAGAAAUAUGAAGGGGCUGUUCUAUCACAAGUCGUCCACUCGAGGUACUUAUAGAUAGCGGUAUGUCUGCCAUUCACCUACUGACCUACAGACACAGAAUUAAAGACACUGCCCAUGCGGCUUGAAACCUCAGCGUUUUAAUGCAAACCAUUCAAGCCUGGUCGUCUCAGUAUUUGUAGUUGUUACCAACUUCGAGAAAGGUCUGCUAUUGUGAAGCAGAUUACAGACGAAGUGAACCUAUACCCCAUCUGUGCUUGUAAACCCACUUGAAGACGGACAGCUAGUGCGCGAAGCCGUCAGUCCCGCCCACUGCCGCGACAGACAGCGGGAACGGGACCAACACAGGUCACUUCCAAACGAAGUUUGUUACUCACUCAGACUAUGCACUAUCAUCUAGGAACCAGAGAAUUACCUUGCACGCAACUCACGCGCUGUAUAAUGGAGGCCCUGCACGGGCCUCCUCGAUCUUUGGACAGUAGUGGUCGAAAGAGUUACCUGAAACCUCUGGAGACAAAUACACCCCCGAGUGAGAGCCUCUUUUUCUGAUCUCCAAGACAUUGUGUGGUAACUUCGUAAUAAGUGAAAAUGCGUUGGUAGCUGAUUUCAGAAGUGAAUUAUGAUGAAGUCAGGGAAAUUAAUUCUCAAGACGGGCUUUGAUGUGAUUACUAUAAUGCAUCUAGGUAUUAAUAAAAAAUUUUUUGCGGAUUCCAAGCUUAUGCAGAAUGACCUAAUGGCCAUAAGUGUCAGGUGUUACUGUCAUUAUCAAUUUUACAAUCUGUUUAGCAUGAGUAUUAGACAGGUCGCGUCAAAGAGGUUUACGACAACCACUCCCGAAAGCAAGCAUUCCUGGGCGGGUUGUUGAUGCUUGUAGUCCUGGCGAGAUAAGGUUUCCUGAUCUGUCUUUCGUUUAGCAUGUCAUAGUUCUCAAAAAAUCCGGCAUUGAAGUUUUUCAGGGAAUUUAAUAUUAUGAAAUUAUCUUUAUGGCUUUAGAAAAAGAUUUUGCUGAUCAUCUGCUGUUCUGGGCCUUCCAACCGCAUGUACCGCUCCCAACCAUGUCCUGUAUAGUAAACAGGUGUUCAGUCGACGUUCGAAACAGCAGCGGAUGUGGCUCGCUACUGUCUAUACUUCAGUUAGCGCGCGGUCUAUCUCAGCCUUGGACCGGUCGGCCAAAGCAGUCUGAUAACCGCGACGCCUGGAUUGCAUUCAUAGUGCAGAGUCUGCUCACACAAGGCGCCAACAUUUGCUGGCGUAAUGUCGAUGGCAAUGACGUCGUUGAUCUCCUCCUCCGGCAGGUUCUGCUGCCCUGCGAUAAGCGAAUUCUACGUCUGCAAAGGGAUCAUGGACUAGCCCCCCCACCUAAAGAUGUGCGUUUACUCGUUCCGAAAAUAUAUCGGUGUGUUAAAAAUACUGCUGCGUUUUUACUGAUACAGUUUCAUUUGUUUGCGACCUAAACAGCUGGCUUUCGUGUUUGCAGCCAGGUUUGUUUGGUGUAAUAAUUCUGUCCAAAAGAACAAGGUCAAAAAGUAGCUCGAGGACAGGUGUUCAUUGCGUCGGUGGAUACAGCACCUGACAAAAUACCUUUCCGGAAAGAAGAAAUCUAGUCCUGCCUGCAGAUGAGGCACAGGCUGUCUGGCUGAUGGUCCGUCAAAAUUCAGCGCCAAUCCUAGUCAUUAAUUUGGUUUAUCGUCCAUAGAGGACACAUAAAAUGCAAAGCACUAAUAAACGUUUAUAGGUCUUGCAUCUUUAUUCCCAUUUUUAGUUAAACUAUGUGGUGAUAUUUCAUGAGGUUGACAAAUUGUACAGGAAAGGUAAAAUUUAUGCCUGUAUUCUGGGUUUCAUAAACGUUUUUCGGAGUUACUUAGAACCCCAGCAGUAUCUUCGCAAUAAGUCUAAAUCCAGUCACCAGUUGGCUGGCCGCAUGCCAAUGCCCUCUCACUGAACAUACUUUCUGGAAUCCUGUGAUAUGUGCGGGCUUUUCACGUCCGUUUUAAUGUGUUGACCGAACUGUCUGCAGUUCCCCUGAAAGCGGAUUUUACUCUUGGGCCUGAAAAAGCAUGAUUAGCUCGCCUCUUUAUUGCCGAUUAACAGAGAUUGUUUUAUUUUCUAAUCUAGACUGUAGCAUUGAAAAACAUGAUCCUUAGCCUAAUUCUACCAAAAACGUAGAGUGAAAACGACUCAAUUUGCUGUUGCAUUGCACAUUCUUCCGUUGCAGGUUCCCAAAGUCAAGUCGUACGCCAAUGUUGUGGACGAGGCAAAGGGUCGGCCAUUGACACCCCUAGAGUUGCUGGACCGUCAUGUUGCUCAGUUGUUUAGCCAAGACGACUAUAAAACCGUCGAGAAACUGGUCCUGGACGGCUAUCCACGACUGAAAGAGGCCAACACAGGACCCCCUCGGUUCCGCCUUGCAUCGGAAAUCGCCCAGUUCUGUUACUUCGACGAUCUGCUUUUAUUGCUGGAAAAUUCCGGAGAUCUUCGUAGACAAGUCUGUGGACUUAUGCAAGCGGUGGUCACAAACGAUGUCCAGGCUGUGUGGAAGAAGCUAAAUGAGUCUAAGUUAAUAACAGGUGAGUCCGGCUUAGCUCGCAUUUGCUUGCUUACGAAGGUGAGUGCAUGUGUUCGGUGUCUCCUGAAAAAAGGGAAGAGUAUAACUCACUUUGCUAAAUCAACCAAUCGUCCAAACGUAUCCGAGACCUUAGGUAACGUGCGGACGGAAAAUAGUUAUCACAGUAUUGAAAAUUGUGGCGUCUCAGAAGGUAUCCGAUAGUGCUCGAAGUCUUUGUGGGGAAGUUAUAAAAUGGCACAUAAUUUCAAAACACCAUACUUUUAUCACUCCAUACUGAGUGUCAAAUUUUAUUAGGCAGGAAGCAACGGAAAGAUGAUGGCCGAAGACGGAAAAAUGUAGCCUUGAGGAUUUGUCCCGUACCCAAAUGAUGAUAUCACUCGGAAGACUAUGGUGCAUAGGAUAAAAAUCGAAAAUUGUCCCUGGCCAGAACACCUACGUACUUGUCUGUGAACGUAAUUGAUUGCGAACAAACUAUAGAGCAUGGGAACUGCGUCAAUAUAGGUUCCUCUGAGUAUCUUUCGAGCAUUGCAGACGAUGUAGUACAGCUGGAAGUCGACCUAGAGAAAACCUAGAGUCCAACGGACAGUUUCAAAGAUAGUCACCUGUCCGAGGUGUUGUUUGUCUCCCGGUGCUCCAGAUGAUUCGCAUAGAGAAUCAGUCGUAGUUUAUCGUAUCUGAUGCUGUUCCUGUAGCCUUAACUAUGUGAGGGACCGAUGGGUGGUUGGAAACAAAUGUGAAUGAACGCACUAGGCAGUGAGGAUUUUAAUCUCUCUGUUCUUGGUGGCGAAACAUUGCACAACGUCUGUACACACUUUAUAGUUUCGGGAACGUCAAAGUCCUGUGCCACGGAAAUGACCGUAAGGCGGAGGGCACUCGUGGUCAUGCACACAGUUCUGACAUCUAUAGUCUCCUGGGAACUCUCCCACAGGCUCGCCCGACCCUGUGUGGGAUACAAAUGUAAACAGCAAACUUGGCUACAUAUUGCGUUGUUGCCCCUGCUAUUGAUAAUUUCACCCCAAACGGGGAAGCGAAAUAUUUCCAAGCCUGUCGUGACUGUUUAAAAGUGAUUCAUCUCCACAGCGAAGCUCUGUCUUUGCUCUCGACUUGAUAAGAGCGUCUAGCCAUGGGAUUUGGGGUUGACCGCUUAUAAAUGUACUCCUUCAUGUCUAAGGGCGUGGGUAGACUGGCCCCAGAACACAUGGCACUACUGCCCUUGUCAGUGCUGGCUCCAAGCGCCCGAGUAUCGCGCGCAGAGGGUUGUUGCUAUCUAUAGCAGUAAACGCUUCUUUACAUUCCAUCGCGUAGGCCGAUGGUUUCUCUCCUUCAUUUCAACUAUGCUUACAGCGCACUCGCUGAGGAUUGCGUCGAUCGUUUGUGGGCGAAUAUGAAAGGCGUUUUUAAAAAUGAGAGUAAUUUUCGACUCUCCGGGCGAAUUCAUCAUUUAGUCUAAAUGUUCGUUUCCCGAUGUAUGAGGUGGCGCAGAUCCUGCAAUCGUGGACAGGUUACCGAAAUUGGUUCAAACUAGACGUUCAUCGAGCACUGUAGGAGGCUUUUUCGUGAUGAGGCAGGGGGCCUUAAGUCCACUUCGAGAUAUUUGCAGUUAAUAGGGGGAUUUCUUCUGGGCGAUGACUUUCUCUGAUUACCUUUUGCUCAUCAAUUAGAUGAUAGCUUUUCCUUCGUUACGCAGACAUUUGGAAAUGCUAAGUUUUUUUUAGUAGAAUGUGGAUGGAACUAUUGGGCUAAGAAGAACCGCAUGCCGAUUUUCAUUACGUCUUCUUUGUGACGAUAAUCGAAAAGGUAACACUUAGACCGACAUAACUAUUCCUUUAUAAUAGCCACACACCUAUAGUAAGUAAUCCACAAUAGGUGACCUAUCUGAUAAAGGAGGUCGGAAUUUACGAAUGAUUGCUAAUCACUCGCAAACCGACAUCGAUGCAUAGGCUCAAUGUCUAUAUUAAUAAAGUUCCGUUUAGUUUUAUUAGGAAAAUGUUGGCAAACGCCUUCGAACUACCUAUUGGUUAAAAUAACGUCGUAAAAAACACCAAUACUUGAAGGAAAUUAGACAGAAGAUUGGCCAAAAAAUUGCAUGCAACAAGCAUGCAACUGUCAGGUAAAUACUAGUAGUGUGGACGCAUGCCUAGUGUGUCAAAAGUGCGAAAAUAUCGAAAAUCAUUGCUAAAACAUGACGAGUAGUAAGGAGAGAGAUUUAAAAUUCGGCCGGAAUGCAUUAGAUCACAUGCCGCCAUCUAAUGUGAUUUUUGACUUUAAGACUUUAAGGCAAUAAAAAAUGGGAUAUUAAAUGCAGUAUUGCACUGUUUAAAAAUGCCAAUUUUUUCCGGAAAAGCUGAAAAUUCCGAAAACGCCAAAAUAGUUAUAAGCAAGUAAAUUUUGGUUUAAGAUGUACAGGAUGUUUCUCCAUGCAAAAACUGGGUAAAUAUGACAGCAUAAAUAGAAUGACGUUUAGCAGUCGGGUUUUAGUGAAGUUAACAUUAAAAAGUGUUUCAAGAAUUAGUGUACUGUUGGGUAUGGCGGUUCGCUAAUAGCCUACGCUAUUAGUAUAGACCCAAAACGGUUUUACCUGAGUUCGUUUUAUUUCGUUUAUUAUUAUUACAUGUUUAUUAUUAUUGCAUGUAUUAUACGCUAUCUUGGCAAUUUGCGGGGCCACAGCAAUAAUGAGCGAACCCGCUUAAAAUAGGACUGCCGAACGUUAAUACGGUCUUUAGAUCACGCAUUUCGAUCUUUUUCCGAGAAAACUAUUUAUAGUAAGUCAUAGAGACACAGUAAAAUUAAAGUACUGCAACUUCAUUUUCGUCAUAUUUCAAACCAUUUUGGUGACUAUCUGUAGCGUUUCUUAAGAUUGCUUCGAUAUUACUUUUGUGCAAAUCCCCAUCACACUAAACACAUAAAGUUCCGUUUAAAUGUCAAAUGGGAACAAGCAACUAAGACAAUUGCAGCCAUUAACCAAGCAAAUUAGAGCAGACUUUUGUUCUUCUAUGUCCAUACAAAUGAAAAGGGGGCAAAAGAGAAAGGUAUGCAAAUCCCAUUAUCAAAUGUUAAGUAAAGAUUUGGUCAGUAUAAGAGGUAUUGUCGCCGUUAGACCACGAUGCAACGGCCGUUCCAUGUUCUAAGGAACUCAGCAGCUAGUUGGUAGUUAAACCCUGACGCCAAGAAGAUCAAUAACUGGGCAGAUCCCAUUCUAUGUCACUUUCACCCCUUCUAGAGUUAUCUUCGUAACUUAAACCUCAAGGGAAGGUAAUUUGCUACAGUACUUAUCCAAGACUACGGUUGUCCAUAUAUGAUUCUUUUUUUAAUUUUAGGUCACGACUGGAGGUCCAGGAAUAUCUUGCAUCUGGCAGUGAUUUAUGGACAUACGGGACUUGUGCGCCUUAUAUCGGAACAUAUUCCAGAUUUGGCUUAUGAGCGUGAUCUUCUUGGCUACACACCUUUUCAUUAUGCCCUUUGUCUGCAGGAUCACCGAUUAAUUUAUUCUAUCCUAGCUGACAAUGCUCCUGUUAACCUAUCCAUAAAGGACCGCGUAAGUUAAGGAAAACUGCACACAUACUUUAAAUAUGUAGUAAUUAGGAAGCCUGUAGAAUUAAUGUUCUCGAAACGAGAAAAUAAUCAUUGGCUGGGGUUGCGUUACGGAUGGGGAUGCGACGUUGUUUACUUUGCGCAGUUGUACGUUAGCAGUCAGCAAAUGAUUUUUCUGUUAAGAACGUAAUCACUUUAUAGAGGUCGUUUGCCACUGCCACAGGGACAUAAACUGAGCAGGAUAUUUGAGAAAUUACUAAAAGUGUCGCUUUUCCAACCGAAACUUUGCAGUAAACUUCAUCCUCUAAUGAUAAUUUCCGUAGAAAUAUGAAACACGUUAGUCUGGGUAAAAUUUUCCUUCUAGCGACUUCAGAGUAAAUGUAUUCAUCUCUCCAUAAGAAGAGAAAAAUUGAUAAAUUUGCUGAAAUCCUCAUGUGACGGUUAUAUUGCUAAAAUGGAACAGAAACUCGCCUAAAUCCUGAUAUUAGCAUUUUAUUUUCUGAUUAGGAAUAUCUGUAAGAGGGAAAAAAUGUAGAAGUGCAUUUCUAAGCAACCCUUAUUAUCACUCUUUAUAGGUUAUUUAAAAAAUUUUAUGUUUGGGCACUUGCCCCCUCGAAAAACCUUCUGAUGUCAAAGAUAUUAAAUUAUAUCAGGGUCACAUAGCGUACUCUGUUAACAGUGAACACUUAUCAAAUCUUUGGAUAAAAGGCUACAUGUUUCCACGAGAACACCAUAAAAAUGCACCCACUUCGCAGUUUUCAAAACCUAACUACGUUAUUUUUCGAAGAAACGUAUGUACUUCCUCACAGCGUCUAAUAUCAAAGAGAAAGUUCAGGGUAUAAUUUAUGGGAGAUAAAACGAGAUUACACUCAUUGUUACUUGACAGUGCAGACUCAUCUAAGCAACAUUUUCAGUUUGAAAGCGUCUUAAAAGUCUCUGUCAAUGUACCGUGAGUUCCAUCGCCAAAGUUCCUCCUACUUUAUUUAUGAAACACGACGCGGGGCUGUAGUUUGGCUGGUUAACGAAGUCCAAUAGGCCAAAAUGUCUGUUAUAUUCCCCCUAAACUUUGGCGGUAUUCUCUCUGGAUGGUCAGUGUGUUCGGUCCUAAAUUUUUUUCACAACAGCAUGAAAAAGUGUCUGCAAAUACUUUCAGGAAUUAUGGAUAUUGAAUGAUCCUAACAGCCUAAGUUGAAGUGCUCCUCUGCAACAAAUUAACAAACUUUUAAAAGUGAAAAUAUUUCAUGCCUCCAAAUAGCAACUAUCAACGGAAUGACUGGACAUACAUUCUUUCCGUCCAGUCUCUCAGGACUGCACGUAGGCGAAACCACCCGUUACUUUACCGGUGUUAGGGAGAAAACGUACACACACAAACUGCUUGCCAGUUACAGUCGUGAAAUGUUAAAAGAAUCUCUGAAAUGUGUUCCCGAUCUAAAAGGACUACUCAGGUGGGGUUGUUGUGGCAAUCAUCAUGCAGCAUAAUUCCAAGAUAGACCGGCGACGUUGGAAUGCUGGAUUUUAUAUGCACUUCUUUCCGAUCACCUGUAAAAACCGUAUCCAGCGAAACUGACUACUUAAGUGGUAUGCAUUUUUGCACUGAUUUUCGGUGUUUUUAAAAAUCCAAGUACAUAUUACGUGGAAAAGUGCCCAAAAACAUCGCUGUUCGCAUUCGAAUGGUAGCAAAUAAAGUUUAUUUAAUUUUUAGAUCGAACAAAGUGUCUUUUGGUUUCAAUAGCAUUUGCAAUAAGGAGUAAAAUGUCCAUUCAAACCACAUCGUAUCCGUCCGCCUACUAGUUUUUCCUGUAAAAUAUGCAGCAUGUUCCACAUCUGUUGCGGAAUCCUGUGCACAAUGUAGCAUAUCUUCUUGGUGGCGCAUGCAAACAUAUGACUUCUGCUACGUAGACGAUAUGCAGUUUGUAACCCUAAAUGCAAAUACCAGGGCAGAUCGGGCACUAAAUUAUUCGGGAAUUAAGACUUUUAAACAUUUAAAUGUACCUUUUGUUCGGGUAUAAAAUAUAAAUGAAGUGAAAUUUCCUGCGGUAGUAGGACAAGAAUAAACAUUUUUUUGCAUGCCUUCCCUAAACAUAUCUGAAUUUAUAACGAAAUCGAAAAUCGAUGGGAAAAUGCAUGGCAUUUAAACAGACAUUUUUACCGAGUCUAGUUUCUGCAGACGGCCGAAAAGAAGCGCAUUUGAGAACUGGCAUCUUGGUGUGACUGAAGUAUCUUAGGAUUAUGCUGCACGUUAGUCAUGGUUACAAUUCUACCUAGGUUUUCCUUUCUAACUGAAUAGAUAUUUUAGAAUAUCGUUUAGCAUUUCAUGAGAUUGAUCACAGACUGUAACUUCCCAGCACUUUCGUCAGCAUGUUUCUGGAAUCCAUUAGUACUGGCUAGCUUGUAAAUCCGAAAGGAGAGAACAUGCUACUCUGACAUCAGCAGCAUUUACCGGACAAUCUGGACUCAUCAUCGUCAUCGGCAUCACCAUCAACAUCAGCAACACACUAGGGAUUACAGUAGGCAAUGAGACAAUUCCUCCGAAAAAGGGUUUACGGGAUGUCGUAGCGCGCAUUAGACUGCAUUACAGCCACCGGCGAAAAUGCCUUUGAAACUUUCACUCAUUUUUAAAAGUUCGCUACAUGAUGCUAUUGACUAUUCUGUUACCCUCUUCUAUAAAGGCAAACUUUUAUCUAUUUCUUCUUGUCAGAAAGGCCGACCCCUAAAGGAAUACAUGAAAGGCGUCACGAAACGGAAUGAACUUAUCAAGACGGAAAGGGCUGCAGUUCUAACAGUUGAAGGAUCUUUGCCGGCUGAAAAUGCGCUGGUGAAUGACAGUCACGAGUCACUGAAUGCAGAAGACGUGGAGGCGUCCGAAGCUGCUUUGGUAAACCAGUUGCCGACGAAAUCAUCGCAGUCCUUCCUCGUGAUCCCCGUUCCCGGCGCGUACUACCUGACGCAGCGCAACACCUUCCGUCCUGCAAAGAGCCGUACGAACCGUUUGACGAGGCGCACUGAGAAGGUUAUCACUUAA